CCGCGGUGGCCACGUGUCGCCGUGACGUCACUUCUGGAUGUUUUGGUGAGGUGCAGCAGGAAGACUGGUGACAGUGAAGUUGUGUCCAUCUCCACCAUGACUAACGCAUACUCUCUGGAUGGACUUCUGGUCUUCUCAUUGCUUUUUGUCUGCACCUGCGCUUAUUUCAAGAAGGUUCCACGAUUGCGCAAUUGGCUUUUGUCUGAAAAGAAAGGUGUUUGGGGAGUCUUCUAUAAAUCUGCAGUGAUCGGAUCUCGUCUGCACCUGGCUGUCUCCCUGUCCUGUUUUGGGAUGGCCUUUUACGUACUGUUUAUAAAGUGAAAUGAUGUUCCCAUCAACUCAUCUCUAUGUUGCAUCCCCAGCAAAUUGGGACCAGGAGCAAAUAACGCAGGAACAGAUGGAAACAUUGCAACAUUUGACUGUAUAUAUACUUUCACAUUACUGCAGUAGUUUGUGGUGCUGGGAGUAUAACAUGAAGAGUAUAAUGUGGCCGGUUGGAGACGUUCUGUCUAAAUGCUCUGCUGAUUUUCUUUUAUUAUGUUUUUUCCUAUUUUUAAUAGACAGUGUUCUGCAGUUUGGUAUAAUAACAGGUUAAGCGGUUAAUAGAUUUUUGCACUUUUCACUCUUACAAUGUUAUUGACAAAACUGCGGCUAAAUUAUUUCCUUCUCUGUGACAAUUUUAGAACCUUUUUUAGGGUUACAAAUUAGCUUUAUCCAUGCCUUUGUGCACUCUCAAUAAUAUUAUUAUUAAAUAUGAAAACACAA